GCUCAUUCCCUUGGGAAGUUAGUUUGUGGCCAUCUGUGCCAUUUUCUGGUUUGGAAAUUGUUCUUUUCUGUCUCUUGUUUUUAAAGCUUUAUAUGUGUAGAAGUGAGAGUAGUUAUAAUCUGCCACCUCUCAGAGAAGUCCCCAUUGCCAGGCCAUUUAUAUGUUAAUUGUGUGUGGUUUGGGAAGGAAAAGGAUGUUACCUGCUUCAUGAUAAGCGUUUUCAUCUCAAUGAAUUCUUUGUUAGAGUUGUUUAGUCAAAGAAAUAGAAACUGCAACCUACUUAUGGGAAAGAUUCAGAUAAUGCCUUCUGGGUUAAGAACCUGAGGGCUCUACAGAGAAGUUGGAUAAGAAAAAGGAAAAAAAAAAAGAGGUUUGUUUUGAGGACAAACCAGACAAGGUUUGAAAAAAAGAAAUCAAAAUUAGUCAAAGGCAGUCUUGUUGGCUUGUCAUGGCCGAGAGCAGGACUGGAGGGCAGAGCCAGCCCAGUCUGCUGGGUCCUCUUCCUCUGGGAUGGGCAUGAUGAGGGAUUGAGGAUAUGGUGCUGACCAUACGAAGUGGGUGGGCUUCAAAGAGGAGCCUUUGUUUCCUGUUGUUCUUUAGCGCCUGAUCCUUGUGAAAGUCCAAGGAUCAAGCACUUGGGGAGGGGGGGAGGCCUUGCCUCUCAGCACAGAUUUUAAUAAAGACCCUUGUUCCCCUCUUCUAAACUGCAUUCCUGACUUGUUGAAAAAUCUGAAGAUCUGGCAACCACCAGCAACAGUUGCUGACCCCUUAGAUGGGGCAGUGGAUGGACAGUUUCUGGCUCACUAACCAGGGCAAAGGUUGACUUCUUACCUGUCUGGGAAGUUAAUGAGGAAAAAGAGGUUAAUCGAGAAGCACACGUGUGGUCAUGUGUGAGUGAGUGCAUGUGUAAACACACAUGUUGAUGCACACACUUAUCACCAGGAUUCAGGUCGGGGGGGAUUAGCCUUAUAAAAAGGUCCCCUUCAGCAGGUUCAGGGUGUAUAAUCUGAGCAGCAGAUUUGAGAAGAGUUAAUCUUAGGUGAGGAGAGGAGAAUUAGCUCAUCAUGGCAUGCAAUAAAAGAGCUAUUUGCAACCUAUGUGUUGAAAAAGGUGGAGCGUCUCUCUUUGGCAUGCCCAUGGCUUUGGUGGAGUAGCCAUGCGAUGAGUAUAGUAACUGGACUAAAGGCAGGCCAAGGGACCUGGAUUUAAACCCCUGGAGCCUGGGACAUCUAGGGACUUGAUAUUGUCUAAUGACAGCCAGCUAUGGAUCUGCUGAUGAACUCAACUCGGAGACCUGGAGGACAGAUUUCUCCCUUUCUCAAUUUGCUCAUUAGCUGAACAGAGACAUGGCAGCAGGUGCAGACCCACAUGCCCACAGGGGCUGGGUGGGCACGUAUAUGAGCCGUAGAGUGUCUGAAUAGGAGUAGUAGAAUAGGAAGUAGAGAGCACUGUGGUAAACGGGGAAGUCCCCACCCAUUCUGGGGGAUGUCCACAUUCAACUCCAGCCACUGGCCACUGUGGAAGGUGAGCCCAGUGUUGUCAGGGCUCCUGAUUUUUCAAUAGAGAUUUGAAAUCUGAAUUUGUACAUGAACUCCAAUGACUUUAAAUGUAGCUAAGUCAGUUUUCCAAAGCAUCAUACAGACCAAAGAAAACAUACCCAUUGGUCCAUGUUUGACCUUUAGCCCUAGGUUUGUGACCUCAGGGAUAAACCCCUUUCUUCCUGCUGCUGACUCUGUUUUGCUGAGUUAAGGGUAUGAGGAAGAAGGAGUGAUUGUGAAUGGAGAAUGUCUGCAAGGAUGAAGUUGAAGUUGGGGCGAAGGUUAUAUAUCUGAGAAGGACAGCAGCAGCCUGAAGAUUGAGAUGACAUGGGGGACUUUCAUGGCUGGACCUGAACAAAGGCUGCACCCUCAUGGGCUUGGGGACCAGUUCUACAAGGAAGCCAUUGAGCACUGCCGGAGUUAUAACUCACGGCUGUGUGCAGAGCGCAGUGUGCGUCUUCCCUUCUUGGACUCACAGACCGGGGUUGCCCAGAACAACUGCUACAUCUGGAUGGAGAAGAGGCACCGAGGCCCAGGCCUUGCCCCGGGCCAGCUGUAUACAUAUCCUGCCCGCUGCUGGCGCAAGAAGAGACGAUUACACCCACCUGAGGAUCCAAAGCUGCGGCUACUAGAAAUAAAACCUGAAGUGGAGCUGCCGCUUAAGAAGGAUGGCUUCACCUCAGAGAGCACCACGCUGGAGGCCUUGCUCCGUGGUGAAGGGGUAGAGAAGAAGGUGGAUGCCAGAGAGGAGGAGAGCAUCCAGGAGAUACAGAGGGUUUUGGAAAAUGAUGAAAAUGUAGAAGAAGGGAAUGAGGAAGAAGAUUUAGAAGAGGAUAUUCCCAAGCGGAAGAACAGAACAAGAGGACGGGCUCGUGGCUCUGCGGGGGGCCGGAGGAGGCAUGACGCUGCCUCUCAGGAAGACCAUGACAAGCCUUACGUCUGUGACAUCUGCGGCAAGCGCUACAAGAACCGGCCGGGACUCAGCUACCACUACGCUCACACUCACCUGGCCAGUGAGGAGGGGGAUGAGGCCCAAGAUCAGGAGACCCGGUCCCCCCCAAACCACAGAAACGAGAAUCACAGACCUCAGAAAGGACCGGAUGGAACAGUCAUUCCCAAUAACUACUGUGACUUCUGCUUGGGGGGAUCUAACAUGAACAAGAAGAGUGGCCGGCCUGAAGAAUUGGUGUCCUGUGCAGACUGUGGACGCUCUGUCAACUCUAUGACCUGGGAACUGCGGCAUCCUUCAAGCAAGCCAUUUCUGAAGAAGGUGAAAAGAAGCCUCGAUGAUUUGCACCUCCUUCUCCUCCACCUCCUUCUCUUCCUCUUCCCUUGCCCGGCCCCUCCUGUGUGUGUGUUUCAGUCAACACAGGAGCCAACACAGGAGUGGAAAAUCCUCCAGCACAGCUCAGCUCAGAGAAGUCUUGGGAAUGGCCUAAGUUUGUGCAAUAAGAAGAUUUUUUUUUUCCUUUUUAAAAUUCUUCAUUACGUUUUCUUUGAGUGUCUGUGAGAAAGUACCAGGUCAGACUGGAAUUGCUCUACAAUAGAAAUGACUGAACACAACCAAACUGACAAACAAACAAACAAAAAGAAUUAACUAUUUUAUUUAUUUCAAUAUUUAAAAGAAAAAAGUGCUGACAGUGCACAGUAUUUUUGUUUAAAGUAUCUUCUACUUCAAAAGCUAAAAGCAAUUUUGUGAAGACACGAAAUCAAAAGAGUACUUAAUGUAGAAUAAAGACUGCGUAUUAACUCUAAGGAAAAAUACCCCACAUUUUUAAUAAGAAAUAAAGAUCAACUCUGCUCUCUCAGGCUUUUGAAAAAGCCAUUCAUGUAUGUGCUCUAGGUAUUUUUAUUUCUGCGAGUUGUAAGUGGUAAGUGAGUAGGGAUCAGUUUUUCUUUGUCCUUCUUCAAAAGUUCUUUGGAAAGUGUUGAUGAUGUUAAACGAUGUGCGCUGACUCGAUUGGACUAAAUUAGCCACAAAUCAGCAGUGACCCCAUCCCCACUGCCCCUCACUGCAGGCAAGCCCCUUCUAUCUGAGUGUGGAGAAGCAGCCUGCCUCCUGGAUAUCAUGCCUGGCGGUGCCAUGUCAGAAAGGGAUUCCUUCUAGUGAUGGAAAACAUCUCCUCAAGUGCUACAGAUUUGAACACAGAUUUGUCUAAAAUAAUGUAGUGAGAAAAAAAACCCAGCAAAAAGGAGAUGGUAUUAUCAUAGUUCAGUAUCUUACAGCUUCCAGAGGAGAUUGGCAAAGGGGGGUUUUGCUGAGCUGGCCUGGGGAGCCUGAGAUUCUUGGGAUGUCCCCAGGGGCUAGGAAGGCCAACCUGAAUGACAGGCUGCUGGUAGGGGCCAAGGAGGAAGGCGAGUGUUGCAGCACGGCCCUUUUGUGGCCCUGCUGGAGGAAAUGGGCAUUAUGGCUGGUGGAGUGUAACUCAGCACUGUGUUGGUGACCUAGCAAAGGGGUGUGGCCGCCGGGCUGGGCAGCUGGGUUCUCCCCCAGGCUCCCCACUGGCUGGGCUUUUACACAUCCAUGCUUUUGGGGUUUCUGUCCUUGCAAGCAGAGUCAUAAUAAUAUACAUACAGUCUAAUGUUGGCUAUUCUGAUCAGCAAAGGUCCUGGAGUCACAGUGUUACUGAAAUGGUCCCAAACCUGAGACUCUCAUUUGCCUCUGCAAGGGGAAAGGGGGUAGGCAGAGAUUUCCUGCCAGUUGUCCCAGUUUCCCAUUCAGGGCCAGUCCUGGGGUUGGGGCAUCACUGAGAGUGUCUGUGUCAUUUUCUAGCCCUUUCUGUGAUGUUUUCUGAUAGAAAACAUCCUUUGUCAAAAUGCUAAUUAUUAUAAUAACAAUCUGCUCUCCAACUCCACAAAUUAUAACGUAUAGAAUUGUGGUAAAGCUUUGCGUACUGUAGGGUUUGUAUCAAAUUUGUGUAAGUUCCUGUUAAAUAAAAGUCUAU